GUCAAUUUUGAUGAGCUCCGCCUCCACCUCCACCCCACCCCCACCCGGAGGGAGACAAGACAGCCCUCGCACAGCUAGCUCGCACCUCAUUCCCAUCUCUUCUCACUUGUUCCAGCCAGCCAGAGCUCUCGCACUCCUCUGCCGCUAUAAAAUCGAGAGCCUCCCGGGCGAGCCGCUCUGUAUCCAGCCAGCAGCAGGCCUCGGCAACUACUUGGUUUUUGUUCCUCUCUGAGUCGCGGCAAGGCAAUCAACCGAGGCCGGCUGGUCGGUUGAGGAAGGAGGCCGGGGGCGCGGCAUGGAGUCCGGCGGUGAGGAGCAGGCGAGGCAGAACGGCCAUGGCGGGGACGGCGGCGACCCGGCGGAGUGGAAGAAGGUGGCCGAGCUCCGGGCCGUGGUGGAGGCGCAGGACCCCGCAGCCAAGGAGGAGAACGACUUCAUGCUGCGGCGGUUCCUGCGAGCCCGGGACCACAACAUCAGCAAGGCGUCGGCGAUGUUCCUCAAGUACCUCGCCUGGAAACGAGCCGCCAAGCCGCGCGGCUCCAUCACUGAGGCCGAUGUGCGCGGCGAGCUCGUGCAGGACAAGCUCUACGUGCAAGGCUUCGACAAGACGGGCCGCCCCAUGAUCUACCUCUUCGGCAACCGGCACUUCGCCGCCAAGCGCGACCUCGAGGAGUUCAAGCGCUACGUUGUCUACAUUCUCGACAACACCUGCACCAAGUUGCCGGCGGGGCAGGAGAAGUUUGCGUCCGUGGUGGACCUGAAGGGGUGGGGGUAUGCCAACUGUGACAUUCGGGCGAAGCUGGCGGCGUUGGAGAUCAUGCAGAACUACUACCCGGAGCGGCUGGGUCGGGUGUUCCUGAUCCACGUGCCUUACGUGUUCAUGGCGGCGUGGAAGAUGGUGUACCCCUUCAUCGACGACAACACCAAGAAGAAGUUUGUCUUUGUAGCUGACAAAGACCUCGACUCCACGCUCCGGGACGCUAUCGAUGUAUCUCAGCUGCCCGAGCAGUACGGCGGCAAGCUCAGACUUGAGGGGUACAAGAGCUCGUCGACAUGCAACUGAUUCAUGUAUUAUGGAUGUCCAAUUGUGCGCAAGUAUGUAACAUUGCCACGCUUGAUAAGUAUAAGUAAUACUUCUCCAUUCAUCUA